AUGACACAUGAUCUGGAUAAAAGUGAUAGGAAUAUCUUGAAGACCUGGACUGCAGACUUCCAGAUUCAGCUCGUGAACAUCACCACCCACUAUCGACUAGAAAUGACGAGACACAAGGAACACAGCUUUAUGAAUAUCAAAACAAAUUCCAAGUGGAACGAGUGCGUUAAUUUUCAUCGAAGCGAGAUAGAUGAUGCUGAAAAAUCGUAUUACAUUGACGAAAGUAAAUGUCUCAAGGUUGCGAAUGCUGAAGAGGGGAAGAAGAGACAUGCUGUUUACCAGAUGGAGAAAGAGAUUAGAAAAUGGCGUAAGAGUUAUAAAUAUUUACUGAAACAGUGCAACUCAAACAAUCCAGGCGACGAGAAUGCAGCUGGGAUUUGUUUAGUCGAAUAUAUGCAAAAGGACAACUACCAUAUAGCGUUCCAGCGUCUAAUUCUUCUAAAACUCGAAUCAAUGUCCGAUCUAUAUUCGCAGAUACUUGCGUCGCUUCAAGAUUGUGAAACUUGUCUCAAGAAAACAUUGUUUAAUUAUAUAAACGAAGUACGAUCCAUAAUGGAUAACUUAAAUCGUUGUUAUAAAAGAAAAAGUUAAUCGAUGUUUGUGGUUAUGUUAGCAUCUUUUACGAUAUCAGAAAUAAUGAAUAAUGAACGCUGUGGUUAACGCUAUUUAUUUAUUUAUAAGUUUAUGGAAGAGAUAGAAAAGGUCUGAUUCGAAAAGUGAGUAAGCCAGUGUAAUUAAUGACACAUGUGUCAUGACAUCUUAGACGACGUGGCCGAUGGCGCGUUGACAGUAUCAUUUGUUUAUACUUUUUACAAUGGUAGUAUCUAUGGGCAACGUUGACCAUAAGCGGCAUCAGAUGGCCUGUCGUCUGUUCCAAUUGAAAAAGCGAUAUUGUUCUAUACUGAAGGUUCUUGAUUAAUUCAUCUUUAUUUAUAAUACAACACUUAAUAACUUA